UCUGUCAGUCCCCCUCUCCCCACUGCCGUCCACGGCUGGCUUCCUCCCAUUCUGUGGUUUUGUUCUACUUCUCCCCUUCCCCCAUCAUUAGGUUCUGGGUGGUGUUCCUUUAAAUAGCCCCCUCCUCCCCCUCCCUGGCAGCCGGGCCUUGCCAGGUUCUCUCUCUGCUAGGUAACAUCGAUUAGGAUGCUGCAUUGCGAGCUGGUGGCUGUGCCUCUCCUCUCCCCCAUCUGACUGCAGUUGCUUCUCCGAGGCUGCAGGGACACUCCCAGUAAGCCAAUGGGAGGACACUGUUCUCGCUGGAAAUGCCCCAGCUGGGGACCUUUAGCCCAAAGACCACGAGCCAAAUGGAUGAGAGCUGAAGACAGAUCAGACGGAAAAAAAAAAGACAAAGAACCUGACUCACCAAGGAAGUGACUCUCACUCGAGGAGAUUCCCUAAACCGGGAGCCUGUCCCGGUAUCGCUCAGCCCUGCCCUGCUCUGCUCUGCUCUGCUCUGGAGGUCCUGGAGAUGUGGGCUGCCCAGGUGCUUUGGGGGAGCCUUAGCCUCCUGAGAGUCGCCUGGUGUCUUCUCCCGCAGACCGGUUACCUGCACCCAGAUGAAUUCUUUCAGUCGCCUGAGGUCAUGGCAGAAGACGUCCUGGGCUUGGAGGUCUUCCGACCCUGGGAGUUCCUCCCCAGCUCACCCUGUCGGACGGUCUUGUUCCCAGUGUUGACCACGGGCUCCGUGUUGUGGCUGCUGGAGCUGUUGGAAGGCCUCUGGCCGGGCGCGCUCAGCAGCUACACUCUGCUGGUGGGGCCCCGGCUGGUCUUCACCAUCCUCUCCUUUGCGCUGGACUGGAGCGUGUUCCGCGUGGCCCCGCUCUGGGGGGCCGAUCCAUGGCAUUCCCUGGUGCUGCUGGCCGGCUCCUAUGUCACCCUGGUCUUCUACACCCGGACGCUGGCCAACGCCACCGAGGGCCUUCUCUUCAUGUGGCUGCUGCUGCUGGUCUCCCCGGCCGUGGCUGGUGAUGGCACCCAGGGGAAGCCGAGUCCCGAGCGCCGGCGGCCCGGCCGGCUCCUGGGCGCGGUGGUGGCCGCGGGCUUCUUCAACCGGCCCACGUUCCUGGGGUUCGCCCUGCUGCCGCUGCUCUUCUGGUCCGGCCGCCGCACGGCCGCGGGGCCCCUCAGCGUGAAGGCCCUGCUGCAGGACCUGCUGGGGCUGCUCCCCGGGGCCACGCUGGUGGCCGCCGCCUUCGUGGCUGCGGAUUCGUGGUACUAUUCCUCUCGCCUGGGGCUGGAGCCCCGCCUAGUCCUGACUCCCGUCCACUUCCUUAGCUACAACCUGGACCCCCAGAACCUGGCCCGGCACGGCACCCACCUGCGCCUCACUCACCUGGCCGUCAACGGGGUCCUGCUCUUUGGGAUGCUGCACGUGGUAGCCGUGACGGCCGUGUGGACAAUGCUCAAGGAGACCUUGGCCUCCGUGGCUCAGCUGCGGGCUCCCUGGUCCCGGGGCGCCAGGGCUCCUCUGGACAAGAGGAACGUGCUCCUCCUCUUCUACUUCGGGCCCCUGGUCCUGCUCUCCCUCUUCAGCCAUCAGGAGCCUCGGUUCUUGGUCCCCCUCCUGGGGCCUCUGGUCCUGUUGAGCAGCCAGAAGGGCGGGGGGGUCGCUCCGUGGAGAAGCGCCGCGGUCAUCCUCUUCAACGUGCUUGGGGCCCUGUUCUUUGGUUGCCUUCACCAGGGUGGCCUCGUCCCUUCCCUGACCCACCUGGAACGGAGCAUCCACGCCACGGCGCCCCAAGGGCAGCCCGCCCACUUCACCCUCCUCUUCACCCAUACCUACAUGCCACCCCGCUACCUCCUCCACCUGCGAGGGCAGGAGCCGCCCGUGGAGGUCAUCGACCUGGGCGGGGCCGAGAGCGGGGUCCUCUGCCAGACCCUGGACCAGCUCACCAGCCAGCCCAUCUGCGACACCGCGGGGGGCGACCGGCUCUGCCGGAUUUUUGUGGUGGUCCCCGGGACAGCCAGAGAGGCCGCGGCCGGAUGCCCCUUCUCCCUGAGGAAUGAGACCCGCGUGUUUCCCCACUUGACUCUGGAGGACCCGCCCGCGUUCUCUGACCUGCUCAGCAGCCACUGGAGAGAAUCCCUUAGCCUCUACAUCCUGGAAGUGGGCGAGCGGAGAGAGCAAUGACGCCCCCCCCCGGAAAUGGGGCGGGGGCGCCCCAUUGGCCAGGCCCCUCCUCAAGCUUCUUUGUCUGAUAAGACUGGACGAGUCCCCAGAGUGGGACUGAACGGCAUCCAUGACCCCGAUGACCAAAGACGACUAUGUGGGCCAAGCUUUGUCCCCUGGUCACAAGCUGCACCCCCGAACCCUCUCCGUAUGGCGUUCCGUUCUGGGCACCACAUAUCACAGCAGAGACAUGGACCACCUGAAGCUUUCCGUGUGUGUGUGUGUGUGUGUGUGUGUGUGUGUGUGUGCGCGCGCGCGCCCGAAGUCAUGUCUCCUGACUAUAAACUGAAGAAACGGUACAAUGUUGAGGCUGAACAAAGAUCUGGGACGGAGGGGAGUGGAAGGGUAAGGGAGGAAGAGUGGGGGGACAUGAUUACUGUCUGUAUUUGAAGGGCUUUCUUCAUUUGAGGAAGGGAAUGGGCCAGUAGGAAGAACAAAGACCACACAGUGGAAAUUUCAGGGAGGGAGAGUUCACCUCAACAGAAUCCCGGGAUGGAAGAGGCCAAGGCGGGGCUCAAUCCAGCUAAGUUCUCAUUUUGCAGACAAGGAAUCAGAUGCCUCAUCAUCAGGGUAAACUGAAUUGCCCAAUAAGACCUAUGCUUAAUUGGAGCGUGAUGCCUAGUAGACAGUAAGGGCUUAAUAAAUACUGUCUCUCUC